AAAAUAUGGAAUUUUUCUAUUAUAAAAUUGACCUUCAAUUUGUUUGAAUACAUUAGUUUAAUGUACUUUGUUAGGCCAUCUGCUAUCCCUCGCUUAUCAAGUGAAAAUUAAUUAUCAAUCCAAAAGGUUUUGGACUAUCAACUAUGUUGUUAUUUGCUUUCAUAUUGUUGUUUCACAUUGCUUUGAAAAGUACUGAUGCUGUCACUUUGGAAGAAGGACUUCUGAAUGCUUCCAAGUAUAUCAGAUACGACACAACUCCUUAUAAUAUAUGGAUUCACGCAUUGAUUUCUCUUUGUAUUACGUAUGGUACGCUCACAGGAGGAAUCCUGUUGGUACACCUUGUGGUUUACCUUUCUGGAUCCAAAAGAAAUCGUCGUGUCGCCUAAUACUACUAAAAUUAAUGCCUACGUUGCACAUAGUAUUUUAGGUUUAUAUGACGUAUUUUAUCACUUGAGCCACCAGCUUAAUAUUAAUUAAAUGUACUUACCUUAGUCAAUACUUCAAAUUCAGUUAUUAUUACAUGAAGUUAUUGUAGUGUGUGGAUGAAAAUAAUUUCAUACAACUCCUCAUACAUUGUAGUAUGUCAUUUUUGUUUGCAUCAGAUCAUAUUACCUUUUACUUAAUUCUUUGUUUCUAUCAUUUGAUGUGCUGGAGCUUUUAUGUUAAAUCUUAAUAUUUCCAGAUUAACAAUAAAUAAACAAUGUAUAUUACGAUUUAUUUUCAGUAUUAGUGUCAAUAGAAUGUUAUAUCACAGUUUACCUACGCUUAUAAAUCAUUUAAAAAAUUAG